GCCUACUUGACACAAGUGUUUGUGCACCUAACCUAAGUUUAUGUUUUGAUUUAUUUAAAAAUGACGAACGCAUUGUAUUCGAAUUUACCGGAAAACUAUUUACCUGAUGCUCCUGAGAUAGGUGAACCGUAUAAAUAUAUAGAAAAUCUUCUCCUCAAAGAACUACCGAAGUCUGACUCCAAAAACUUAAGUCAUGAGCUUAAGUGGACAUUUUUACUAGAAAAACACCGAAGUACUAAGAAAAAACCGAAACCAAUCCGGAAAAAGAAGACUUUUUUAACACGGAAAGAACGAAAGGAGUUGGAUAUAUUAAAACUUCCAAAAACUGGUUGGGAUUAUGAUUCCUUGGCCCCCAUUAGACAAAUGUGGCGUGAAUACAUGAAACAAAACUUGGAAUUAGUAGGACCAGCUCCGAGUUGCACAGACUCUGAUUGGAGCAAUUUCUCCACCAUUUUAGCACGCUCUGAAGUGAUUGGUAGCGAAUUAAAAGUGGUUAGGUCGAAAGUUCCGUCACACAUUGGCUUAUCAGGCACUGUUGUUUUAGAAACCAAAACGACGUUUCAAAUAGUGACCCCUCAGUCACAGUUUAAGAUUAUCCCUAAAAACACCUCCGUUUUUGAGUUCCUUUUAGACAAACUAAAAUUCACCGUGUUUGGUAAACACAUCAUGACAAAACCUAGCGAGAGAAGCGUGAAAAAAAUCAAAUCACAAAUGUUACCAGAUUUAUAAAAUUUAAUUCAUCGAUAAAUCUAUAAUUGCGA